CAAGGACAAUCUGACGUUCUUCGACCCCAAAAAAAAAGGUCGAAGAUUUAACCGCUUUGACGUCCAAAGAUCGAAUUUUUUUGUUGUUCUUAACUUCUUCUUGCGAUAAACUGUUUCAGUCAAAGCACAUUUUGUCCCAAAAUCCAUCUUUACAAAACAGUCAAAAAGAGGAUAACUAUCGGGGUUUCUGCCAUUCCGACAAUCCUUCACCUCUCUCUCUCUCUCUCUCUCUCUCUCUCUCUGUGUGUCUUUCUCCUCCUGCUCUCAUGGAAGCUGCAGCCAACGAACGCCUCCAUUUUGGCAAGAUGGGUUUCGGGUGUAAGCAUUACAGGAGGAGAUGCAAAAUCAGAGCCCCCUGUUGCAACGAAGUCUACUCUUGCCGCCAUUGUCACAACGAAGCUACGAGCACAUUGAGCAAUAUCUAUGACCGCCAUGAGAUUGUUCGUCAAGACGUUAAACAAGUCAUUUGUUCUGUUUGUGAUACAGAACAGCCGGUUGCCCAAGUUUGCUCGAACUGCGGUGUAAGCAUGGGAGAAUAUUUCUGCAAAAUCUGCAAAUUCUACGAUGAUGACACGGAAAAAGGACAGUUCCAUUGUGAUGACUGUGGAAUUUGCAGAGUUGGUGGACGUGAGAACUUCUUCCAUUGCAAGAAGUGUGGAUCUUGCUACUCCAUCAGUCUCCGCAACAACCAUCAAUGUGUGGAGAACUCCAUGAGGCAUCACUGCCCGAUCUGUUACGAGUACCUAUUUGAUUCGCUGAAAGACACAACGGUUAUGAAAUGCGGACACACGAUGCACUGUGAAUGCUACCAAGAGAUGAUCAAGCGUGACAAGUUCUGUUGUCCCAUUUGCUCAAAGUCGAUGAUUGAUAUGUCAAAAACGUGGCAGAGGAUGGACGAAGAGAUCGAAGCAACUGCUAUGCCUCCGGAUUACCGUGAUAAGAAGGUUUGGAUACUAUGCAACGACUGCAACGACACGACAGAAGUAUACUUCCACAUAAUCGGGCAGAGAUGUGGGCACUGCAGAUCAUACAACACUCGGGCCAUUGCUCCUCCUGUUCUUCCUCAAUGACACACUAUACAUAACAUCGUUCCAUUCCAUUCCUCGUAUAGUUACCGAGCCUCAGUUCCAUUAACAAUCCCAAAAGGAACAGAGGAGGAAGAACACUUCCAGAUUUGAGCAGGCUACCCACAAGAAAAAAAAGACAAUCAUAAUCUUUGUCCCCGAUCUCCAUCUGUUGACGUUGUCAUUUAUCAUUGUAUCCUUCUUUUGUGAUUCAUGUUCGAAAACAGGGCAUAAUGAACAGUUUGUAUUCUUGAUCCAGGAAGAUUUCAUGGAGAUUUGAUCA